UGCGCAUGCGCGCUUUCAGUUUCCAAAUCAAUGGACAGAGCAAAGUCGUGACCAUGGUAGUUUUGUCGAAAUGACCGGUCUUAUUUAUUCACAUGUUCGCUUUAUAAACGUAGAUGUCGUGUCAGUAAGCAGUAGAGUGAGUCACACAUUAAUACACACUGAUUUCAGACGGUCAUCGUGUGACAGGAGUCGAACGCAGCGGCUCUAGCCGGCGGUUCUCCAGCUCUCAUAUCCCCGUGUUUACCGGAGGAUGGGAGUCGUGCUGCGGAACCUGCAGAAUGUGGUUCCUCUGAGGCGCGCCAGACUGCGCAGAGAUGUGGAGAUCCUCAGACACAUAUUCGGCGUGCAGAAGUUUGACCUGGGCAUCAUCUGUGUGGACAACCGCAAGAUCCAGCGGCUCAACCACAUCUACAGGAGGAGGAACCAGCCCACGGAUGUGCUGUCCUUCCCCUUCUACGAGGAUCUGAGGCCAGGCAAGAUCCCGUGUGUCCUGCAGAGAGACGAGUAUAACCUCGGGGACAUCUUCUUAGGUGUGGAGUACGUGAUGCAGCAGUGCAAAGAGACGUCCCAGGAUCUUCAUCAGACUCUCACAGUGGUCACGGCUCAUGGAAUCUGCCACUUACUGGGAUACAGACAUGAAAGUGAAGAGGACUGGAACGAGAUGCAGGAGAAGGAGAGUUACAUCCUCAGCGAGUUCAACAGGCUGACGGGCAGCCGCCUCGAGCCGCUCACAAAGAGAUGCAGCACACAGGACACGUGACGGACGCAAACUCCCGGGCCAUCCACGGGGAACGAGCACGUCUGCUGCCAACAUGCACUAAUGAGAACAUACACUUCUUGAAUUAAAACUCAAAGAAACAA